AAAAAAAAAAAUUGCUGACCGGCGCAUGCGGCACUCUCCUCGACCCCGCGUCACACUCGUAUCUUUAGGAUUUUUGGUGGGGACGUGGUUGAAACUUCACCACUUUCAAGACAUGCAAGAUGGCGGCUCGCAUGUCGUGCAUGUGGCGAUACGCGGCACCAAGCAUCAAAAGGUUGGUUGGUACCGGUAGAAGAUACUUCUCGCAAGAGCCGAAAACUGUUACACUCAUCCCAGGAGAUGGCAUUGGCCCUGAAAUAUCAGCGUCAGUGCAGCAAAUAUUUGCUGCUGCAGAGGUUCCUAUUGUCUGGGAGUCGGUGGAUGUGACCCCAGUUCGAGGACCUGAUGGCAAGACAAGGAUACCUCCUGAAGCCAUCGACAGCAUGGGAAGGACCAAGCUGGGUUUAAAGGGGCCCCUGGCCACACCAGUUGGCAAGGGCCACAUGAGUCUCAAUCUGGCUCUGCGCAAAGAGUUUAAUCUGUAUGCCAAUGUCAGGCCCUGCAAGUCAAUAGAUGGGUACAAGACACCAUAUGAUAAUGUGGACUUGGUAACAAUCCGAGAGAACACAGAAGGAGAAUACAGUGGUAUUGAACAUGUGAUUGUUGAAGGUGUUGUCCAGAGCAUUAAGCUAAUCACUGAACCUGCCUCAAGAAGGGUGGCCGAGUUUGCCUUUGAGUUUGCCAAGGCUAACAACAGACAGACAGUCACUGCAGUGCACAAAGCUAAUAUCAUGAGGAUGUCAGAUGGUCUGUUUUCUCCAGUGCUGCAGAGAAGAAGCUGAGAAGCACAGGGACAUCAGAUUCAGGGAGAUGUAUCUGGACACAGUCUGUCUCAAUGUGAGAACUCUUUCCUUUCACU